UAUUAGGGUCUUUGUUAAAUUACCACUUCGCCUUCUCCACGUUCAGCUGGUCAGUCAGUGAGUGAGCUAAGCUAGCAGCUAGCCUCAGCAGCUGGUAGCUAUGGCUGCAGUUAUGCUGAGUUUCCCCACUCUGCAGGGUCUGAGGAUAUUUACACAAAAAUUAUCAUGGACCAAAAGAGGCGUGAGGCUUGUUUCAUCAGGAGGGGUGGGAAGGAUAGAGAAAGUGUUGAUCGCCAAUCGUGGAGAGAUCGCGUGUCGUGUGAUGCGUACAGCCAAGAAGAUGGGCGUCCGCUCUGUGGCGGUAUACAGUGAUGCAGACAGACACUCCAUGCAUGUGGCCAUGGCAGAUGAAGCCUACCGCAUCGGUCCUCCACCCUCCCAGCAGAGUUACCUCAGCAUGGAGAAAGUUUUGGAGGUGGCCAAGAAGUCUGGAUCACAUGCGGUCCACCCUGGCUAUGGCUUUCUAUCAGAAAACACAGAGUUUGCAGAGGCUUGUAAACAGGAAGGAAUCAUCUUCAUUGGGCCACCUUCCUCUGCCAUCCGAGACAUGGGCAUUAAGAGCACAUCCAAACACAUCAUGUCAGCUGCCGGGGUGCCAAUCAUUGGGGGUUACCAUGGAGAGGACCAAUCAAAUGAGAGGCUGCAAGCAGAAGCUGCUCGGAUUGGUUACCCUGUGAUGAUUAAAGCAGUCCGUGGAGGAGGAGGGAAGGGGAUGCGCAUUGCACGCUCAGAUGCAGACUUCUUAGAGCAGUUGGAGUCUGCGAGACGAGAAGCCAGAAAAUCCUUCAACGAUGACGUCAUGCUGGUUGAGAAGUUUGUGGAGGAUCCCAGACAUGUGGAGGUUCAGGUGUUUGGAGACAUGCACGGAAACGCUGUCUAUCUUUUUGAGAGAGACUGCAGCGUCCAAAGGAGACAUCAGAAGAUCAUAGAGGAAGCACCAGGGCCUGGUAUUAGUCCUGAGGUUCGGAGGAAACUUGGAGAAGCAGCAGUUAGAGCAGCCAAGGCUGUCAACUACGUAGGGGCAGGUACGGUUGAGUUUAUUAUGGACGCCCAGCACAACUUCUACUUUAUGGAGAUGAACACCAGGCUGCAGGUGGAACAUCCCGUGUCUGAGAUGAUCACUGGAACUGACCUGGUGGAGUGGCAGCUCAGGGUGGCAGCAGGGGAGCGCCUGCCUCUCCUCCAGGAUGACAUCAUCCUAAGGGGGCACUCAUUUGAGGCGCGUAUCUACGCCGAGGACCCAAACAACGACUUCCUUCCUGGGGCGGGGCCUCUGCUGCAUCUCUCCACCCCUCCACCAGACCAAGACACUCGCAUAGAGACUGGGGUCAGGGAAGGGGAUGAGGUGUCGGCACAUUAUGACCCAAUGAUCGCCAAGCUUGUGGUGUGGGGAGAGGACCGAUCAGCUGCCUUAAAGAAGCUGCGGUACUGUUUACGACAAUAUAAUAUCGUGGGACUGAACACUAACAUAGACUUUCUGCUGAGUCUUUCGGGCCACCCAGAGUUUGAGGCUGGAAACGUAAGCACCAGCUUCAUCGCCCAGCACUACGCUGACCUCUUCCCCACUCCGAGAGCUCCUUCUGGGGCGACGAUCUGCCAGGCGGCCCUGGGUCUUGUACUGCAGGAGAGGAAAAACACACAGGAGUUCACACACGCCUCCACCGACCCCUUCUCCCCGUUUGGCUCAAGCAGUGGCUGGAGAAACAACAUUCAGUUUAACAGAAAUAUGACUCUACAGCUGGGAGACAAAAAAGUCGACGUAGUCGUCAAGUAUAACAAAGAUGGAAGCUAUAGUAUGCAGAUUGGUGAGGAGGUGUACCAUGUGACUGGAGAGGUGGAGGUUGAGGGUGGAGCUUCGUUCCUGCACUGCUCUGUCAACGGGGAGAAGUCCCGUCCCAAACUGGUGAUCCUGGACAACACGGUCCACCUGUUCUCCACAGAGGGCAGCUCCCAGGUGUCUGUUCCAGUGCCAAAGUAUCUGGCAGGCGUGAGCGGCUCCGGGGCUCAGGGUGGAGCUGUGGCCCCCAUGACUGGAACUAUAGAGAAGGUGCUGGUGAAGGCCGGGGAUAAAGUGGCUGUUGGAGACCCGCUGAUGGUCAUGAUCGCCAUGAAGAUGGAGCACACGAUCCGAGCGCCCAAGUCAGGUGUGAUCAAGAAGGUUUUCUUCAGCGAGGGCUCUCAGGCCAAUCGCCACGCUCCUCUGGUCGAACUAGAGGAGGAGGGCGAGGAUAACGGGGACGGCGGCAGCCAGUAAACGCAUCCAGACACAAAAGCAACCACAAAAUACACACAGACAGAUGGGAGAGAGCCGGGACUGGUUACUGUGACAACUGGAGCAUCCACCAUUAGAUAAAUAUUUUUUAAAAUGCAAGUCAGGACCUGAAUCAUCUGUCUGAGAGUGAGUCUGGUUCAGUCAGACAAAUACUUUCACCCAGGUCCCCUACAUGCAUUUAAGAAGGUCCAACUCAGUUGCAGUGACCUGAAAUGUUCCUGGGCUGAACCUGAGUCAGUGGAGAAACUACACAUAGAUCUGUAAUGUACAGUUGCCUUUCACACAGCAGAGUUUUGCCUUUAUGUUGCCUGUAUUUUCUGUUUUCUUCUUUUUUUUGUUUUUCUUUUUUUGUUGUAAGUGAAUCAGACUUUUCUUCCUCUGUGUUUGCAAAUGUCUCUUUUUUUUUCCAAGUCUCUUCUCUCUGUGUUGGUUCCUGUCAGUGGUGUUGGUGUUGAAGAUUUGGGGAAUCCUGUCCUUUUGUUCAGUACAGUUGAAUGCACUUCAGUGUGAAUGACGUAGAUUUCUGAGCCUCCUUUCUAUGCGAGCUGCAUGCACCUCUUUACAUGAGCACAGUGACAACACUAUGAGUGUGUGGCAGAAUUAUACCUUAUUGGGUUAAGAAUAGUUACUGAUAACUGUGAGAAAGUAUGUCUCAUUUAGAUCCUCAUCCCCACAUGAUGCAUUAUGACGGAUUUGUUUAUUGCCCUCUCUGACAAAAACAACCAUGAAUUCAUUGUCACUGCCAGUGAAAACCAUCAACCUCCAAGUUUGCUGAUGUUCCUUUUUUUGCUGAUAAGUUGAAGGGUUACACUCUCACUCAUAAGGCAAGAAAACUCUCCUACCAUGUACAUACUGUAAAACUCUUCCAUAUUUCAAAGACUUUGAUUUAAUCACUAAGAACUGACAUUUUGAAGCUGUAUGAUUUUCAGUGAGCAGUGAUAAUGAAAGAAAAGUGGAUGGAUGUAAAGUUAAUGUAUUUUUAGAGUUUAAUAUUUUGACACAUCCUGUCUUUCCAGACUGACUUCAAACUCAGUCCUUUUACACCCCCCCCCCCCCCAGACCUUAGAAGAAAAGUAUUGUGGUUUAAGGACGUGGCACUGAAGCAAAAGGCCCUGAUGAACCAACACUCCAAAAUGAAUUGUGAUGCAAAGUUAAAGUCACAUCUGCAGUAUUUUUGAGACCACAUUUGGCUCAGGGUUCAAAAUAACCCUUAAAGGAUGAAAUGUCAGUCACAGAGAGCUUUAUACAUACAGAUGGUUUGGUUGUGUGUAUAUCCGCCAUCAGUCCAAGUGAUUUACCAAAUGGACGACAUGUGAACUUGACCGGUUUCUGCUGAUCACUCUGUUCUUACUAACUGUGUGCUUUGAGGCCUUGUAGACUAAAGCUGUCAAUAUAAACGUGUGUUUAUUUCCUGGAUUAUUUUGUAGAUAUGCGACAGAUGAUUUUU